CUGGCAACCCUGCCGCAGCGGCAGUGCCGCUAGCGCUGCCGCUGCCGCACGCAGGCUCAGAUUCAGUCUGUAGAACGCUCACAGCACAGGCGGUCGCAGUGUUCCGUCCCCCCGCUGCAGUCCUAGUCUGCUCCAGGUCACCCACGAGGCAGCUGAUCAACCCAUCUUACCACCAAGUUUACGUUCUCUCGUGGAUAGCGAGCAACGUGUUGAGUGACCAUGGAGCAGCUGCCGGAUGACGUGCUCGUGAUGACGCUAAAGUACGUGGCUGUGAAUGAUGUCUUCACCUGCCGCCUGGUAUGCAAGAGGCUCUGUAGCCUGGCUCUACACCGGGACGUCUGGCGCCACCGUGCGAUCCAGGAUGACGACCGCUGCGCGGGCGCGGUGCUGCGCCUGGCCCCGUGCCUCGACACGCUGAGAGUCACAGGAGACCGCUCCCGCCUGGCGGCGGCCACGACCAGGUGCGCCGUGGCAAGAUUGGAACUGACGUGGAGCCAUCCUCAUUCCUUUAGAGACGCGGAGCGCGCCGAGUACGCCUUGAUCGUGCGUAACCAGGAGUCUCUCGGGCGCCUGAGGAUACUUGUGCUUAGGAUACUGGACUUUGGGGAACAGUUCGGCCCAUUUAAACAGACAUCCGACAUUCUUUAUAGAACCGUUGCGUCGUGUUCUGGACUGAAGUCGCUCGUUGUCGUUUUCAGACCGACCAAGACCACCCAUCCCAUUGUGUAUGGGCUGCCCAGCUCGUCGCUCACUUAUUUCAGCUGCGCGGUCGACGAUCACUCAGCAUCCUUUGUUAACACCAUACUGGCCGGGCACGCUGCUACCUUGGAGGGCGUUCGGAUCGACACAGAUUCCGACUUGAGACAGACCACGACGGCAAACCUGUUGGCCGCCAUGCCCAGACUCCGUAGUCUGCAAUGCGACGGUUUGUUUUGUGGGUUAGAGGUGGUGGCGGAGUGCAAAACGCUCAGAGAGGUGGACAUUUAUCUGCAAAGGAGGACCCCAACAGGUGAUGGCAACGUGGUUGCAAAGUUUCUUCGCCGAGCCAGCCAACUGCGACGUGUUCGCCUGGAUAACAUUAUGAAAACUGUCGCCGAGCAGUGGCCGGUGUUGGUCGAGGCCUUUGAGGCCUUGGCAUCGUCCGGGAGGUCCCAACUGGAAAGGCUGGCGCUUUCGGGGUUCCAAGAGUUGCGGCCGCUGAUCCGUGCGUUGCCCUCGCUGCCCACCCUCCGCCACCUGGGCGUGGGUCGUGAUCCCGACGACGUGCUGCUGAAGAGCAUCACCCCCUUCACGGCCCCGGCCCUGAAGCUGUUAGAAAUUACGGUUGCGUGGGAUAAGUGCCCCCACGACUGGAUACACAGGGACGCGGUCAAGGCCGCGCUGACGGCGAACCCCCUGCUGCACAUCAAGCUAUCGUGCAACGCUGUUCACCGGUCCGUCCCCCCAAAAUGCGAGACGUGUGAGGAGGCCUGCCAUGCAGGAGUAAACUGGCACGAUGUGAAAAAGAUAGGCGUCUACACGCAUGACCCUGGCACUUGCCCCUCACCAGAGGCUCACACUGAUGCCCCCGACUGGGUAAGGACCUACGAGCGCCCCAUUGUUCUCGCUUGUACGUGGAUCCAUAUGUGAUGCAGUUGCGCUUGAUUGUGGAUGUUGCCUAUUUUUCGUUUUCUUCUGUCAGACCAAUCAGAAAGGGCAAUCUCUUUCGCUUUGCAUUAUACGUAAGGUUUCUUAAACGAUAAUUAAAUUAUCAGUAAGUGAUAAA